CGCCUUCCAUCCAUCCGAGCUGCCACCCCUUCGCCUUCUUCCCAGUCCUCCCCACCCCUCAGCAUCCCAACCGUGCUACCCACCCCUCAGUCUCCGAUGCUGCAUGAAGGAUUUCCCCCUCUUCCCGCGGGAUAUGCACCAAAAUCGCUCUCGUAAUAAUGGACUGUAAAUUGAUGCGCUGAUGACAGUUUUUUUAGUCUUCAAAUAUGAAUCAUGCGUCUGAUAUUCCAUCUGUGUCUGCUCGCUAGCAUAUUUAUUUCCGUGCCAUCUUCUCUCGCCUCAAUCUCAAAGGUUUCCAGCUCCGGACAGAAUGAGGAUCUCAGGGAUCAGCACGUGUCUGAGACCCCGCGAGAAGCGACAGCACCGGCCAAUUCCACGGGAAGAAAAAACGGAGAGCACCAGGUCACCAUCACAUAUCCCUCCCGGCUCAUCUACUACUUGAACGAGGAGUCGGAGAGCACGUAUCAUGACCUGGACACUCGGGCGAGGAAUCAGGCCGGGGAUGGACAGGAUGUCCACCUGGCCCAAGCAAGUUUCCAGCUGGACGCCUUUGGCACCACAUUUACUUUGGAUCUUACUUUGAACAACGAUCUGCUCUCUUCAGAUUAUAUGGAAAUCCACUAUGAAAAAGACAAGCCCAUUCUCUCCAGGGGCGGGGAACACUGCUACUACCACGGCCGCGUGAGAGGAAAAGAAGACUCCCGUGUAGCUUUAUCCACCUGCGACGGGCUUCAUGGAAUGUUUGAUGAUGGUAAUUUUGUCUAUCUCAUCGAGCCUCUGAAACAGACUCACACCGUGGAAACAGAAGCACGACCUCAUACUUUGCGCCGAACGUCAUCUCUCCAUGUGACCUCUGUCCCAGGUGACUGGGCUGCUGAUGACCCAGUUGAGGAAAAAGAACAGGAGAAACGUAUUUUUGCUAGCAUGCCAUGGCUAAAAAGAAGGAGGAAAAGAGCUAUGCCACGUAACAUUUUUGAGGAAAUGAAGUUUCUGGAAAUAAUGAUUGUCGCUGACCACAACACGUUUAAAAGGCAUAAGAGUAAAAAGCAUACCCGGAACUUUGCCAAAUCGGUGGUCAACUUUGUAGACAAUAUUUUUAAGGAGCAGCUGAAUACACGUGUGGUAUUGGUGGCUGUGGAGAUUUGGACUGACAGGGAUCGGAUUCCGCUGAGCGUCAAACCGUUGGAAAUGUUAAGAGAUUUUUCAAAGUACAGACAACAGAACAUCAACGUCAAUGCUGAUGCCGUGCAUCUCUUCACGAAUGUGACGUUUCAUUAUGGUCGGAGCGGUGUUGCAUAUAUUGGUGGUGUGUGUUCCAAAGGAAGAGGAAUUGGUGUUAAUGAGUUUGGCAGCACAUGGACAAUGGCUGCCUCUCUCUCUCAGAGCUUAGCACAGAAUCUGGGUAUCCAAUGGGAUCCUGUGAUUAGGAGGAAGGAGUGCGGCUGCAUGGAUUCAUGGGUGGGAUGUAUAAUGGAAGACACUGGAGUGCAACACCCACGCAGGUUUUCCAAAUGCAGCAUCACUGACUACAGGAACUUUCUUCUGAGAGGUGGUGCUUCAUGUCUGUUUAACAAACCCAACAAGCUCUUUGAGGUUACAGAAUGUGGAAAUGGCUACGUGGAAGUGGGAGAGGAGUGUGACUGUGGGGCCCGAAUGGAGUGCUAUAAAGACUGCUGUAAAAAAUGUUCUUUGUCUAAUGGAGCACACUGCAGUGACGGCCCCUGCUGCAACAGCACAUGCCUGUUCUACCCACGCGGAUACAGCUGUCGAUAUGCUGUAAACGAUUGUGACAUAUCAGAGACUUGCUCAGGAGAUUCAGGACAGUGUCCCCCUAAUCUUCAUAAGCAAGAUGGCUACUCUUGUCAGCUUAAUCAGGGUCGCUGUUACAGCGGUGAAUGUAAGACCCGGGACAGUCAGUGCAAGUACAUCUGGGGUACAAAGGCUGGAGGGUCAGAGAAGCACUGCUAUGAGAAGUUAAAUACAGAGGGGACAGAAAAAGGGAACUGUGGGAGAGAUGGAGACAAAUGGGUGCCCUGCAGCAAACACGAUGUGUUCUGUGGGUACCUGCUGUGCACUAACACUGGGAGAAUCCCAAGGAUUGGAAACCUGAAAGGCGACGUCACUCCCACCACAUUUAACCAUCAGGGGCGACUGGUGGACUGCAGUGGGGGACACGUGCUUUUGGAUGAUGACACUGAUCUAGGGUAUGUGGAAGAUGGUACGCCGUGUGGCCCCUCUAUGAUGUGCCUUGAGCGGAAAUGUCUACCCAUCUCCUCCCUGAACCUCACAGCCUGUCCGUCUGGCCCGGGCGGCCGAGUCUGCUCUUCUCACGGCGUGUGCAAUAAUGAAGCAACCUGCACCUGUGAUGCUACAUGGGCAGGGACGGACUGCAGCAUGCACGACCCCCCAAAAGAGCCGCCCGUCAUCGAGGACCCAGGUCCCAAGGGUCCUAGCGCCACCAACCUUAUCAUAGGCUCCAUCGCAGGGGCCAUCCUGAUGGCAGCCAUAGUGCUGGGGGGGACGGGAUGGGGAUUUAAGGUGAGAGUUUGAGCGGAGAGGGGUGGAGGUUGUGUCGUAGGCAGCCUUUGUGCCAUGGCUGGCUGCCACGCCCUCUUAUCUCCCGGAAGGCCCUGGGCCCCCCUGAAAACCUAGAACAGAGCAAGAGCCCUCACCCCCCACCCGGACUCGCCCGGCACCGCUGCCUUUACUGCCUGCUUCACAGAGACCUGGUACAGACACACGCGCUGCACUGCACCUGCAUGCUACCCCAGUCACCCCCCCCUACACAGCGAUAGUGGCGUCUCCCACCUAACCUCUCUAUGGAUAGGUGCAUGUUAAACUGCUGGGAUGCCCCACAUCAAGCCACGCUACGGGGAGGUUGUGUCAAACCCCUGUUGUUGUUGGUGUUGUUGCAGUUCUUGUUGCCUUUCUUGUUGUUCCUGGUGGUAUCGUCGUCGUUCAUGUUGUGGGUGUGACGUCCUUUUCUGACCCUCGAUGUUGUAUACUCUUUCUUGCUGUUUUCUAUGUCUAUGUCCGUGUUUUCUCCCAGGAGGUAAUGUUCUUUUUCCACAUCCCUUGUUGUCUUUCUAACACAUACUCACCCGCAGUCAGCGGAGGGACAUUCUGUGUCUCUCCUUGUCGCUGCUAAGAACCGCCGUUUUUACCCGCCGCAACCCGAUGGCGACUAAACAUUUCAAUAAAUGAUUCGAAUUGAUUACGAAGCUGACGAAACGACCACCACGUGGUUGCUGCGGGUUAAGGCGGCAAGAUGGGCAGCAAAUUGUAUGUUGAUGUCGCUGGCAUUGCCUGCACUAACCCCCCUCUUGUUUGUUUUGUCCUGUCUGUCCUCAUCACCAAGAAAUGUCAAGAAAAGACGAUAUGACCCUAACGCCAGUGCCAUCUAAAGGCUAUGAGAACUGCAUCCUUGCCUAUAGUGCGCCCCUGGGUUCGGUCAGAACCCGCCGGACUGUACCCUCUCCUGUCGCUGACGCCGCUGCUGACGGCGUCGGUGUUACUUGAAUAAAAAAAGGACAGAAAGCGAGAGAAGAAAGGGACCGAACAGUCGAACAUUUUUCAUCCGAAGUCACGUAGAACUGCUUCUCUAGCGCUGCCCCCGUUCCUUUGCCCCUUGGCCCUGAGCAUCCACACUGAGCCGUUUAGCAACCCUGAUAACUGGUAGUGGAUGGUACCACUCAUCGGGGCAUGACUUCCUGUUUACACGUCCCGACAUCCGGUUCCGACCCAGGCAUGACCAGCUUCAGCUGUGGACCUCGCAUGGCACAGGAGGG